CCUGCAUCAGCUGUUGUUUCAUACUCAGCAGAGAAGAGCUGACUUCUUUUGAUUACCAGCUGGAUGGCUGCAUCUCUCAGUCCCCAGACCCAAGCUCCUGUCAAGCGACCACAGCAGAGAGAAAGAAAGAGAGGGAACAGUGGGGAAAGAGACCCAGAAGGAGAAAAAAUCUAAACCAGUGUCUUCCCAAGCUAGAUUUAUUCAUUUGGAAGUGGCUAACUAUUAUCCAGAAUAUUAUAGCAACCUGUCUGUUUCUAGAAUCUGUCUGCUUGACCUGCUUUGAAUGCCAUUCUACUGAGGCCAUUUAUUCUGCAGCUGGUGUUUACAUGCAUUGAUAUGGUUUGAUCAGAGCCUGCUAGUAUCCAACAUGGCUCUUUAAAAAUCUAAAAGAGAUUUAAAACUGAUCAAAUAAAAAGAUGGCGAGACCCAACAACUUCACCUACUUCACCAGAAAAUCUCUUAUUUUUGCUGAAGAAUGCACUGCUACCAGGAAAAGGGAGGGGGAGGAAGAAGGAGUAGAGCCAAAUAAUGACUUGGAAGCUGGUAAACAGCUACCAUUUUUUUAUGGCAAUAUUCCUACAAGCAUGAUGUCAGAGCCCCUGGAAGACCUGGACCCAUACUACCUGGAUAAAAAUACUUUCAUUGUAUUGAAUAAAAGGAAAACAAUUUUUCGAUUCAACGCCUCCCCUGCUUUGUACAUUUUAACUCCUUUCCAUAUGAUUAGAAGAAUAUCUAUAAAGAUUUUGGUAAACUGUUCAUUCAACAUGAUCCUUAUGGGCACUUUCCUGUUCAACUGUAUUUUUCUGACAAACCUUAACCCUCCAGACUGGAUAUUUUAUUUUGAGUUAUCUUUCAUUGGAUUAUAUACUUUUGAGAUCCUUAUAAAAAUCCUUGCAAGAGGCUUCUGUAUAGGACCAUUUACACUGCUUCGUGAUCCCUGGAACUGGUUUUAUAUCCAUAUUCUUGCCUAUGCGUAUUUGAGCAUGUUUGUAAACCUAGAAAGUAUUCCAGCUCUUGGAAUUUUCUCAUUGCUAAGAAUUUUGAAAGCUAUUUCUCUAACCACAGGUACAAGGAUUAUCAUCGGAACCCUGACUCGGUCAGCAAAGAUGUUUUGUCAUAUGGUGAUCCUAACUAUGUUUUGUUUGAGUGUUUUUGCUGUCAUGGGGAUGCAGCUAUUCAUGGGCAGCUUGAAGCAUAAAUGUUUACCAUGGCCUCAAGAAGAAGGAAAUAUGACUGAAAUUAUGUUAGACAAUGAAAGAUUUGACAGUUUUCUUCUGGAAAGAGAAAUGAAUGUUUUCCUUUGUGGCAACAGUACAUUUGCUGGUCAAUGUCCAGAAGGAUACCUAUGUGUGAAAAAUGGUGUAAAUCCUGAUUACGGCUACACAAAUUUUGAUAAUUUUGGAUGGGCUUUCUUGUCUCUCUUCAGAUUAAUGACCUUGGAUUUUUGGGAAAGCCUUUACCAACAGACCCUACGAGCUGUUGGAAAGACCUAUGUAAUAUUUUUUGUAAUUGUCAUUUUCUUUUGCUCCUUUUAUCUGGUAACCUUGAAAAUGGCCGUAGUUGCCAUGGGUUAUGAAAAACAGAAUCGGGCAACCAUUAGAGCAGCAAAGCGAAGACAGGUGAAAUAUCAAGCCAUGUUAUACCAACGUGAAAGAGAGCAAGAAGCCAUUCAGGCAAUGUCAGCUUUUGGAACAGAUGAAAAGAAAAAUAUUGGCAAAGAUCAAAGUUACUCUGAAACAUCCAAUGGGAUUUCAGAUCUUACUGAUGAGAGGAUAGAGCAAAGGAAGAAAGAAAACCAGGCUGAUCGAGAGGAAAAGGAAAUUGAUGCAAAAUUGCAUCAAUUUGAAUCAGAAGACUACAUCAGAAGAAAAUUUUCUCAUCGUAUUAAAAAUUCUCAGAAAAAAAUGCAUGAAAAAGAGUCAUUUACACAGGAGAGAAACACUAUGCAAGUUGACAAGAAGGAAAGACAAAUAAAUACUUGCCAUUCUGUAGAUAUUCUGGAAGAUCCCACUGUUAGAAAAAGAAUAACGAGCAGAACCAAUAUAUUACACAGCAUGAAAGAAUUUGACAAGUGCAGGCCAAGAAAUUGGUGGAAGAGAUUUGCUAAAAUGUUUCUGAUCUGGAAUUGCUGUCCACUUUGGCUAAAAUGCAAAGAUUUUGUCCAUAGCAUUGUCAUGGAUCCAUUUUUUGACUUGGCCAUUGUUAUUUGUGUCAUUAUGAACCUAAUAUUUUUAGCCAUGGAUCACUACCCAAUGACUGAAGAGUUUCUUUAUGUCCUUUUUGUGGGACACCAGGUAUUCACUGGAAUUUAUGUAUUGGAAAUGAUUUUGAAAAUUAUUGCAUUGCAUCCAUAUAAUUAUUUCCAAGAGAAGUGGAAUAUAUUUGAUACUUUUAUUGUGAUCCUUGCUUUAGGGGAACUUGUAAUUACUUCCUUUUGGAUAACAGAUACAAUACAUAUUUCCCUUUUACAAUUUCUCUUCUUACUCAGAGGGCUCCGUGUUUUCAAAUUGACAAAAUAUUGGCCAAUGAUGAAAAUGAUGCUCAAGAUCAUUGGGUACUCUGUGAAAACUCUUAGAAGCUUGACAUUGGUGUUGGUCAUCACAAUUUUUAUUUUUGCGGUGGUUGGCCUGCAGUUCUUUGGUCACAGUUACCAAAACAAUGCCUGCAAGAUUGAUAUUGACUGUUUACUUCCACGUUGGCAUAUGCAUCAUAUCUUCAACUCCUUUCUUAUUGUGGUCCGGGUACUGUACGGAGAAUGGAUAGAGACCAUGUGGGACUGUAUGGAGGUGGCAGGGCAAUCCAUGUGCCUUGUUUUUUACAUGGGGAUUAUUAUCAUUGGAAACUUAUUAGUACUUAUCUUGUUUGUAGCUUUAUUGAGCUCAUUUAUUUCAGAAAAUUCUGCAGUGAGUGAUGUGAAAGCAGAUUCACAAAAUCUCUAUCUUGCAAUGGCAAGGAUUAUAAAGGGCAUCCAAUAUAUGAAACGAAUCUUAUUUGACCUCAUUGCAGAAAUUUUUACUAAGAAACAAACUACUUCAAAAGAGACCAAAAGAGUAGAAAAUCUAAGUAUGGAGAAAAAGAAUGAUACAUCCAGUCAGUCACUUAACAAAAUAAGCAACGAUCAAGAUUUCCAGAAUGGAAAACAGGGAACCAUAGCCUCUGGUAGCAGCAUGGAGAAAUACGUGAAGGACAAUAGUUCUUCUCAGUCAUCAAUUCUCAAUCCUAAUCUUCCAAUGACUGCACCAAUUGCUCUUACAGAAUUUGAUUCUGAAAAUGUAAACACCAAAGAGUUUAGCAAUGAAUUCAAUGUUGAUGACAGUAAUGAGAAAUUCGGCCAAACUAUCUCUCCUGAAGACAGCAUGGUUCCAAUUCUUGGCCUUCAGGAAGAACAAAAUGUGGCUGAACAUGUGAAAUCAAAGGAACCAGAACCCUGUUUUUCAGAUAGUUGCAGGCAAAUGUUCCCUUUCUGUGGAGCCAGCAAAAAGUCUAAGGUAGGAAAGAUAUGGUGGAACCUGAGGAAAACUUGCUACUGGAUAGUAAAACAUCAUUGGUUUGAAAUGUUCAUGCUUCUUAUCAUCUUGCUCAGUUGUGCUACUCUGACUUUUGAAGAUAUUAACUUUCAAAAGAGAAAGACCAUCAUGAUUAUACUUGAAUAUGCUGACAAGAUUUUCACUUACCUGUUCAUUUUGGAGAUGCUUCUCAAAUGGAUGGCAUGUGGUUGUAAAACAUAUUUCAGUAAUCCCUGGUGCUGGCUAGAAUUCUUGGUUGUUAAUGUCUGUUUUAUUAAUUUACUAACCAGUUAUUUAGGAUAUGCAGUAUUUCCUUUUCUGAAAUCCCUCCGGUCACUAAGAAUUUUAUCUGCAUUUGAAAGAGUAAGGGUAGUUGUAACUACAUUAGUAAGAGAAAUUCCAUCCAUCCUGAAAGUACUUCUUGUCUGCCUUACCUUUUGGCUAAUUUUUAGCAUUAUUGGAGUAAAUCUGUUUGCUGGCAAGUUCUCAGAAUGUGUUAAUACUACAGAUUUUUCAAGGUUUCCUGAAACUAUUGUCCAAAAUAAGUCUGAAUGUGAGAUGCUUAUGUACACUAGCAAAGAUAUAAUACUUGAAAAAAUUAAUGAAGAUGUGCAGUGGAAAAAUGCAAAAAUGAACUUUGAUAAUGUUGGAAAUGGUUAUUUUUCUCUUUUUCAAGUGGCCACAUUUAAAGGAUGGUUGGAAAUCUUGUAUUCAGCUGUUGAUUCAAGUGAUGUAGAGGGCCAGCCUAAGUAUAACAGCAAACCCUACAUGCAUCUAUACUUUGUCAACUUCAUCAUCUUUGGAGUAUUCUUUCCACUGGUCCUCUUCAUUGGUGUUAUCAUUGAUCAUUUCAAACAACAAAAAAAGAUUAGAGGUCACUCAACCUUUAUGACAGAGAAGCAGAAUAAAUACUACAAUUCAAUGAAACAGUUAAGGUAUAAGAAACCAAUACCUCGCCCAGGGAAUAAAUUCCAAGGAUAUAUAUUUGACCUUGUAACAAAAGACGCUUUUGAGAUAACCAUCCUAGUACUUAUCUGUUUCAAUAUGAUUAUCAUGAUGGUGGAAACAGAUACAGAGAGUGUCCAUAAGGCUGGGAUUUUAUACUGCAUCAAUCUAGUGUUCAUUGGCCUGUUUGCUGGAGAAUGUCUGCUGAAGCUCAUCGGCCUCCGCCAUCACUAUUUUACUAUAGGCUGGAACAUCUUUGAUUUUGUGGUGGUCCAUAUAUCAAUUGCAGUUACCCUACUAAGUCAUUGGCAUACAUAUUUCCUGACCUAUGGCCAAAUGCAAGCAAUCCGUCUCAUGAGGUGUGGAAGAGUCCUGAAUUUCAUUAAAGAAACCAAGGGCAUAGGAACACUGAUCUCUGCAAUGAUGUUGUCCUUGCCUGCUUUGUUGAACAUUGUGUUUCUGUUCUUUUUGGUCAUGAUUAUCUAUGCUAUCAUUGGAGUGUCCCAAUUUGCCUAUGUUAAAAAAGAUGCUGGAAUUAAUGAUAUGUUCAAUUUUGAAACCUUUGGCAAUAGCAUUUUUUGCCUUUUCCAAAUCACCACAUUUGCUGGCUGGGAUGGUUUAAUAGCACCAAUUCUUAACACAAGACCACCAGAUUGUGACCCUGAGAAGCUUCACCCAGGAAUUUCUUUGAAAGGAGAUUGUGGAAGUCCCAUUUUUGGAAUUUUCUAUUUUGUGAGUUUUCUUAUCAUAUCUUUUCUGCUGCUUGUAAACAUGUUCAUUGUUGUUAUUCUUGAGAUUAUCAAUGCUGUGACCGAAGAAAAUGCUAAAUCCCUGAGUGAAGAAGCCUUUGACAAUUUCUAUGAGGUUUGGCAAAAAUUUGAUCCUGACACAACUCAUUUCAUAGACUACAGUCAGCUCUCUAAUUUUGUUGCUUCAUUGGAUCCUCCUCUUCAUGUACCCAACAAAAGCCAGCUCAUGGCCAUGGAUCUGCCUGUAGCAAGAGGUGAUAGAGUUUUCUGUCCUGAUGUUCUCUUUGCUCUUGCAAAACGUGUUGUUGGUGAAAGUGAGGAGUUUGAUCAUCUCCAUUUACCAAUACGUGAGCAAUUUCUGUCAUCAUGUCUUUUCCAAAUUUCUUAUGAACCGGUUACUACUAUAAAACAAAAACAAGAGGAGAUAUCAGUUCCUGUCAUUCAGAAUGCUUUAGGGGAAAACAUAUCAGAUACUCAUAAUAAGAAAGAUGGAGAUAGAGAGGAUCCAAUUAUUAAAGACAACAUAAUCUUAGAUUGAGUGAAUGAGAAAUGAGAACUCUGCACCAGAGAAAGCCAAUGAUAUAAAUCAUUCUCCCACUUCAAUAAUUUCAUUGGAUAGCAUAACAGAACAAAAGAGAGAGAAAUAUGAAACAGACCAGAUAGUAAAGGAAGACAAAGGCAAAGCUGACAGGGAAAUGGAAAAGAAGUAGAGAUUCUGUUUUGUGAAUAGUUGGUUAAAA